AGAGCAAAUCACCUGAAAAAGGUAGAAGAACAGGGCAAAGCCAUAACCUUGGUACCUUUUUACUGGCAGAGGAAAUUCAGUAUGCUGCAAUGCAAGAUGCACUACUAGCUCUGUGCAUGGAAGAGAACAAGAACAUGCAUUCACUAGUGUUGUAUACUCUGAGCAGUUUGGUUAAUAAUCAAGGUGCCAAAACAGUUUUAAAUGUCAGCUGUGCUCACAAUUGCAUAAACUGUUUGCUCCCUCAGGGCCCUCAUAUGGUAACUGAAGAGCUGCACUCCAUCAGCUUUGAAACUCAAGUCUGUCUAUAUGGAUUAACCAUAGAUUUGGAAACAAGCUCUUUGCCUGUGGUGAUGAUUUCCAAUGUCAGUCAGUUACCUAAUGCUUGGGCUUCUAUUAUUUGGUAUAACUUGUCAACAAAUGAUCCUCAGAACUUGUCUUUCUUUAACAAUCCCCCUGCUGCCACUUUGAGUCAGCUACUGGAAGUACUAAGCUGGCAGUUUUCAUCAUAUGUUGGUCGUGGACUUAAUUCUGAGCAGCUCAGUAUGCUGGCAGAGAAACUGAUGGGGCAACAAACUAGUUACAGUGACUAUCAACUGUCCUGGGGAAAGUUCUGCAAGGAACAUUUACCUGGAAAGUCAUUCACUUUUUGGGUAUGGCUGGAAGCAAUACUGGACCUAAUUAAAAAACAUAUUCUUCCUCUCUGGAUUGAUGGGUAUAUAAUGGGAUUUGUGAGUAAGGAGAAAGAACGAAUUUUGCUCAAGGACAAGAUGCCUGGAACAUUUUUAUUAAGGUUUAGUGAAAGCAAUUUGGGAGGAAUUACCUUCACCUGGGUGGACCACUCAGAAAAUGGAGAAGUAAGAUUCCACUCAGUGGAACCCUAUAAUAAAGGUCGUUUAACUGCACUACCAUUUGCUGACAUUCUGCGGGAUUACAAAGUUAUUAUGGCAGAUAAUGUUCCUGAAAACCCUCUGAAAUAUCUGUAUCCAGACAUCCCCAAAGAUAAAGCUUUUGGCAGAUACUACAGCUGUCAGCCAAAUGAAGUCUCAAGACCUACAGAAGGAGUCAAAGGUUAUGUUCCCUCUGUAUUUAUCCCAAUCUCCAAAAUACCUGCUCAUGACAACACAAAGAUAUACGGCCUUCAUUUUUCCAGUCCAGAGACAAGAAGGACUAGCCAGAAGUGCUCAGUCCUAAAUGAUUCCACAGAUCCACAUUCUCCAUCAGAUCUUCUUCCCAUGUCUCCAAGUGUUUAUGCUGUGCUGAGAGAACACCUAAGUCCCACAGUAAUUGAAACUGCUCUGAGUCCUCCAUAUUCAGCUGACUGAAGUUCUGAUACAUUGAAGAACAAGGAAGCCUAUGAAAAAUGAAAAUGUUAUUUAAAAAAAAAGUAAAUUUUGCUUUGUACAUAACUGCUUCCUGGAAGUCAACACAAUGCUCUUUCUUGGGCUUAUGUCCACUUUCAAAUCCAUAUGAUCCGUCUCCAUACUAAAGUCAAUGGAGUCAUGAAUUACUGUGGCACCUUUUGGAGCUUGGCCUGCUACCCUUUACUCAGGUGAGCAUUACUGUGGAAGUCAAUGGGCCAAAUCCUUCUCUGACAUGUAUGCUAGGUGUGCAUUUGGUUUAUGAGAAUUAGGGAUCACUGAAAAUAAGACUUAAUGUAGAAUGAAGAUGUUAUCUUCAUGAAAAAAUUGGAAAGCAAAAUAUUAGGCUAACUGAAGAGGCUUUAGAUGUUUUCAGAAAACUGGGGAGUUUGUUGUUUAGAUUUUUGUUAUAAUGUCUCUUUUUUGGUUCUUAUUUUAAAUUAAAGGCCUUUGUUAGGCUGAUUAACCAACACAUGUCAUCAAUCACUUUUUACUGCCAUGAACUUUUAGCUUAAGGCUAGAUUUUAUCUUCCUGAAAUAAAACCCCUUGUGGAGGAAAAGAAAGGGGGAGAAGGGAAGCCUGGAAAGUGGAGACAGCUCUAGAAACUCUACAGGCACUAAAUUUUAGAGGUCACAAUCUCUUUUUGUCUAUAGUAUGCAUUUGGGAGGCUUUAUUAACUGCUUUACAGUUUUGCAGGACGGUUGUGAAGCUAAAUCUGUUCAUUAGAAAAGCCUAGAAAGAACAAAAGCAAUCCUUAUUCAAUACAGGGUUUGGAUGUUCUUGCUAUGCAAUAAAUGAAGCCUUAGGGGCACACUUUAAAUGAUUACAAGAAUGCUGAGUAGCUUCUUCAGAUGCUGAGCACUAACCAGCUUGUGUAUAUCUGGUGACAAGUUACAAAGGGCCAAAUGCCCUGGGAUAUGGAUAAAAAUUAGAGGUUGCAUUGUAUUGGUACGGAUAUAAAGAAAACUGGCUGUAUCGGAUAUUGGCCCAAUGGGGCCGAUAACCUGGCCGAUAAAUGCCUGUGCUGCAUGCAGCCACAGCGCAGCACUCAGGCACCAAGGACCACAGCUGGCAGCAUUGAGAGUUGCCUCCAGCUGGUAAGUCAGGUGUGGUGGAAGGGGAGGA